AUGACUAAAUUUAGCAUUUUAAACUAUUUGGAAAUUUCCGUGCUUUGGGAGUUUGUCAUAAUAACAUGGGCGUUAUUCAUUAUAAUUGUGAAAGAUACUAAGAAGCUCUAGAAAAUUUUGGAAAAUCUAUAAUUUAUUCUAAAUAUGAGUUGGGUAUAUAUUCACACGAAAAUAAUUAUUUAGACAUUUAAGGUAAACUAAACACUUACACAGCUAAAUUAAGAGCUAUAUUUUAAAAUAAAUUUAAUAAAAAUGAAAAUUAAAUGGUUCUAAAUGAAUUUUUAGAAGAGACUAAAUUUUAUAAUUUUAAUAAUUAGAUGA